AUGGCGUACAGUUAUGAGAAGGGUAGAAGAAACUAUUUGGUAGACGACCAGGACGACUACUCGUCAACGUCAUCGGAAGGGAUCAACUACUGGAGACGUCUGAAAGAUCAGCACUGCAAAAAAUGGACAGUGCAUUUAUUUUUCGCAAUUAUAGCUGUCAUUAUUAUUGCACUGAUAGCGGCAAUUGUCGGUGCCGUUGCGCAACAUAAGAGCGAUGGUUAA